AUGGGACGAUGGCGCGGCCGUCUGUAUGCGACUGAUCGCGCAAGAGAUUUCGAUCAUGAAAGGGAUCGCCAUGUGCGUGUCCGCCAGAUCUACGAGACCAUCGACCGACAGCCUUUCCAAUGGGUCGUCGUUCUGGUCGCCGGAGUAGGAUUUCUGCUCGAUGGAUUCUCGCUCUUCGCUGCCAACAUUGCGCUCCCCUUGAUAGCCUACGUGUACUGGAAUCAAGAAGUUUCCACCUACAAACUGACCUGUAUUAAUAUCGUCACCCUCACUGGCACCUUGAUCGGUCAAGCCACAUUCGGGUUCCUGGCCGACAAGAAGGGGAGAAAGACGAUGUAUGGCAUCGAGCUACUCUUGCUUAUUGCCUCGACUCUCGGCGUCGUCAUGAGCUCCGAAGGUCACAAUGGGAGCAUGAGCGUCUAUGGAUGGCUGAUAUGGUGGAGGCUGAUGGUUGGGAUUGGAGUGGGUGCGGAUUAUCCACUCUCUGCCACGAUUUGUGCCGAGUUCGCGCCCACACGUCAUCGCGCCCGAAUGAUGGCAUGUGUCUUCUUCUCGCAGCCGCUCGGGCAAAUCAUGGGCAACCUCAUCUCUUUGAUCGUUAUCGCCAUCUCUCGCAAGUCGAGCGAGGACUCGGAUGACCUUCGACGUUCCGUAGACAUCAUGUGGAGGUGGAUUAUCGGUAUCGGCGUCGUUCCGGGCGUCAUUGCUCUGCUUUUCCGUUUCGCUAUCCCCGAAACACCACGGUUCCUGCUCGAUAUCGAAGACGAUCCGGUCAAAGCCGAGUUUGAUGCCACACAGUUGUUCGGCGAGACUUCCUUGAAUAAUGAGAUGGAGGCGGGAAUGUGGUGUGACUCGCUUCCGGAGUCUGCCCUCUCAACACGCUCACUUGAUGACCGAUCUGACGCCAGACCAUCAUUUACCGUGGCCUCGGCGCCUCCGGCCACACUUAACUCUUCUUGGAAGAUCUCAAAGGCCGACAUCAAACAGUACUUCUGGACAGAAGGCAACUGGAGGACAUUGGCAGCUGUAUCAUGGUGCUGGCUUCUGUUGGACUUUGGGUAUUACGGCAUUGGCCUCUCCAAUCCACAAUUUCUGGCGAAGACUUGGGGGAAUUUGAACAUUACCGGACCUCGGCCUACGUGGAAGACCAACGACGACCCGGACGCCGACGUCUACGACAUGUUCAUGCAUACUUCUAUCCAAGCACUAGUGAUAUUGAAUAUUGGGAGCUUUAUUGGAGGCUUGCUAUUCAUUCUGGUGUCCAGCCGCUUGAAUAGGGUAUCUCUCCAGAAAUACGGCUUUUUGGCUCUGGGCGCUCUGUUCAUUGCCUUGGGCACGGAGUUUAUCACAGUCCAUCAGGAGGGUGCGCUGGCAAUCACUCUGUACGUGUUUGGCCAACUGCUUUUCAAUCUAGGCCCGAACUCGACAACAUACAUCAUCCCUGCUGAACUCUUCCCAACACGCUACCGGUGUACAUGUCAUGGCAUUGCCGCCGCCUCCGGCAAGCUCGGAUCAAUCCUGGUGCAGGUGUUCUCCUUCUACUACAAGUUUGGGUCCUCCUCGCCAGGCGACAAUCAGACGAAGCGCUACGGUACGAUCCUGGUCAUUUUCUCGGCGUGUAUGAUACUUGGAGCCGCCAUCACGCACUUCUUCGUUCCCGAAGUUCAAGAAAAGGCGAAGCGGGGAUCACUUUGGGCUGGCAAGUGA